AUGUCUUCGAUAAAAUGUUGCUGUAAAACAUCAUAUUGUGAUAAUAUUAAGGAAAAUGAACUUCUAUUUAAUAAUCUUAAGAAAGAAAUUCAAACUUCAUUAGAACUGAGUCAAUAUUUGUUAUCAGAAUGCAAAACAUAUACAGAGAAUGCAGAAUAUAGAGAAAAGCUGCUUAAGCUAAAAAUAUUACGUUUGAAAGUUAAAAAAAGUCAAUUAGAAGCAUUAUUAUUAUCUUUUGAGAAAAGGAAUAAAGAAUUAGAAGAGGAAACAUAUAGGAUUAACGAAAAAAAUAAACAGAUUCUGAGUAAUAUGGAAUGCUUAAACAAGUCAUUAUCUGCCUCUGAAUCUUACAUUCAAAGUCUUUCUGAUGCAUUGGAAACAACAAAAUUAGAACUAGAACGUAUUCGUUUUUCUAUUUAUCAUAAGCAGACUUAUGAAAAAAAAAUAAGCAUAAUAGAGGCAGAAAAAAGUGUACUGGAAAAGGAAUUAGAACAAUCUUUAAAAAUAGGGAUGUUUUUUAAAGAAAAAUGGACACAAUCAGAACAAUUGAUUAAAAUAUUAAAAAUGUAUAUAGAUAAGGAUAAAUUAGGAAUAACAGAAGAAAAGGAUCAAGUUCUAGUUGACAAAUUAAAAAAUUGUUCAGAAAUUAAGACGAUAAGUAUCAAUUCUAUAAUGUCAUUGCUUACUACAGAAAAACCAUACUUAGUAUCAUUUGUUAAAGAAUUAAUUAUAAAAAAUUCAUUACUUAAAAAAGCUUUUAUGGAACAUUGUACUGAUCUAUUUACAACUCAGGAUAAAAUAAUUUAUUUGCAACAAAUUUUAUGCCAACAAUUUAAUAAUGCGGAUUCUUUAGUUAAUAAUUCGUUCAAUUUAUACGAUAUGGUAUAUAAAUUAUCUCAUGAAUAUAACAGUGAUCACUUAUUUUUAAAAAAAAAUAAUACUUCAAACUAUUUUUUAAAUAAAAAUACAAAAAUAUUCUCAAAGUUUACUAAAGAAAAUGAGCAAAUAUAUUCAUUGAAACCUUUUAAUAAAAUAAAGGGAAGAUCAGAACCUUACUCUAUUAAUACUUCAUUUGCACAAAUAAAAUUUAAAAAAUUAGAUUUUAAUGAUUCAAAAAUUAUUAGAUCAUCAUCAGCACCAAGUAUAUUAUUAUCUUCUAAUUCUUUACAGUCUCAGAAUGUUUUGAAUAAUAUUUCUGAAAAAUCACAGUAUAUAGCUCAAAAUAUUAUGUUUAGCUCUUCAGACUCAAUUCUUAUAAAUAAUAAAAUACGACAUUCUUGUUCUUUAGAUUUUUACAAGGAUAAUUUAUGUUAUAAAAAAUAUAAUGAACUUAAUUCUAAAACGCCUAUUUAUUCAGAUAUAACUUGUGAAUCAUUUUUUAAAUAUGCUAUAAACAAAAAACUAUUAUAUGAAAUCAAAAAGUCAUCAGAUUUUCAUGAUUCUUUUCUUUUAAAAAAGCUUUGGUUAUCUUUUAGAAAUUUUUCUCUGCCUACUCAAUUCAUUAGUCCAAUAAUAUCUACUUUUACAACAGUUCCUACAGAAUCUUCUAUUUUCCUAAAUAAUAAUACAAGAAGUAUAUUAACAAACUCUUUUUUAAAAUCUACUAUUAUUGAUAAACAUUUUUUAACUAAUAAUUCGAAAAAAAAGAAACAUAGUAUUAAAUUAUGGAAAAAUAAGAUUAACAAUAAGGAUAAAAGUAUAUGGAAUUCUAUUUUUAAUAAAUGGUCAAGAUUAAUUCAUGUAAAAUAUCCGUCAACAAGUAUUUCAGCAGAUAAUGCAGAUUUGAUAGCGGUUAAAAGUUAG